CGCUGUGAGGAAGCUCACAGAGAUGUGCUGGUACGGAGGGCAGGGCAGAAGGAAAUAUUUCCACAGAUAGGCUGGAAGCAGAGAGGAUGACAGAAAAUUGUAGUUCUGCACACUGAACGGAGAAGCUGCAGGUCACUGCCUUUUUUUUGUCUCCAGGUCUGCAUCAGCAAAGAGCCCUGAACGCAACAUUUCUAGUGUUUUUUCUUUCAAGACAACAAGUCGUCAGAAGAAAGUAGAGGACACACUCGCUCAGUUCUGUCUCUUCAUACCACAGGGACUUGUGUCUCUGACAUGGACUCUGAUGUGGAUUACAUGUUGUGUAUUUCCUCCUGGCUGCUUUCUGUGACUUGAGAACGUUCUCUUAUCAGCUUGUUUGUUCGUUAUCUGCUCAGGACACAGCAUGCCUGUGCGGUACAGGCCACGCUCCCAUCCAGCCAUCUUUAAUCUGUCUGUUGGUGCCGCAGUGAUUUCUGUCUCCGACCAGGACUCCUGAGAACCUCGGCCUGACCUCUCUGUCAUUACAUUUUCAGUUUUUGUGACUGAAUGUGACUCUUUCUCCUACUUCGGUCAUAUGAACUGGGUUGGAUCAUAUCAAACUGCUUCCUGUUCUCUGCAAUUUGCAGCCUGUUGUUUUCCACGUUUCCCUUUCUUCCACCUCACUCGUCCUGUUUCCAGGGAAACAUUUUGCAAAUAACUUCCAAGUAUUUAAAUAACUUGGCUCCUUAAAGAUCAGCCCAUUUAUAGAGCUUCAGCGACCGUGACAGGAUAUCUACACUUCACUGUUGCAGCACUUAUGAAAGACUGAGUGUAUCUGAGGCUUUCACUUCCUCUGUGACAUGGAGCUGUGAACUCAGUCUCUCACCUCGUCAGUCACUCACUGUGUCCUGUCCUAUUCGUCAACACCAAGUCCAGUCCUGCCCGUUUACUGUUGCUGCAGAUUACUGAGUGGCUCCUCCUUCAGACUUGGACUGUUUGAGCUGCCUGCCUUCUGUUCACAGGUGACUGUGUGCAGUGGAGGAACAGUCGAGCUCCGCUGUGAGACGAUUUGAUCUGUCCAGUCAUGUCCUCCACCAUCCUGCUGAUCAUCCUGUCUGCACACAUUACAGGUCUGAUCUCAGAGCAGCUUCUCAGAGCAGCUGUUGGAGGAUCCGUCCUGAUAAACUGUUCUCUCCCAGGAUAUCCACUCAGUCUCAACUGGUUUUACUGGCAGGAGGGCGACAAUCCUGUUUUUCGAUGGGAGAAUGGGAAAGAAAUGAAAAUAGAAGACAACAAAUACGAGGGCAGGUUCCAAGUCUUCACUCAUGAGUUUAGUGCUGGAAAUAUUUCCAUCAGACUUGAAAACAUUUCUCUCGAAGAUGAUCAGAAAACAUUCUUUUCCUACGUCAAAUUCUACGAUGAAGAGAAAAAAGUCUUAAAACAAUCUGAAGAACGUUGCAGAUCCAGGCUGCAGGUUUCAGGUCUGAUCUCAGAGCAGCUUCUCAGUGCAGCUGUUGGAGGAUCCGUCCUGAUCCCCUGCUCUCUCCCUGGUAAUCCACUGUCGUUUUACUGGCAGGAGGACCAGUCUUCUGACCAACUGUGUCACUGGGACAGUGGGAAAACAUUAUCAGGAUGUGACAAAUACAAGGGCAGGUUCCAAGUCUUCAAUUCUGAGUUUAGUUCUGGAAACAUUUCCAUCAGACUUGACAACAUUUCUCCUGAAGAUGAUCAGAAAACGUUCUUUGCCUUUGUACAUUUUUACGAUGAGCAGAAAAAAGUCGCCAAACCGUCUGAAGAACGGUGCAGAUCCACACUGCAGGUUUCAGCUCCCUACCAGGAUCUGGUCCUGACGGUCAACCACACAACCAACAGUGCAACCUGCUCAGCACGAGGAGGAUAUCCUGCAGCUCAGGUAUCAUGGAAGGGUCUGAAGAGAUCCAGCGAUCAACAGCUGGACCUGCAGGAUGCUGAGACGUUCCUGCAGCCGGGUCCGACAGAGAAAACCUUCUCCUUCACAAGCUCUGUCAACGUUAGAGGGUUAAAGUCUGUAACCUGCGUCGUCUACAACCCUCACUCCAACAAGACCAUCACCAGAACUGAAAAGAUCGACACUGGUGAAAACAAGGGGAUUCAUGUGGCUGCAAUAGUUUUACCUUUCCUCUUCCUCCUUGUCCUUGCUGGUGUCUAUUGGUACAGAGGGCAACCUCAAGAUCCAGAUCAACCCAACAAACCACCAGUCGAACCUAAUCUCAAAGACCAAGCUCAAGCUGAAGGUGAGCAGAUUUUUUCUCAGAAUCGAGCUGUGUUUCAGCUUCCCACAACGACGAGAGAAGGUAUUGCAGGCCACAACACCUUUGAGAAAGAAAAGCUGUUGGAGAAAGAGACAAGGACAGCGCCUCAGACUGAGUCAGAAGUGAAUCUGACAACCUGGAUCAGAACUGAGUUGGAGAGGGAAAAACUAAAGAACUACUACACACAGACUAAAGACUUGCUCAGACAAACUCGGGUCGAUUAAACUGUGGUCCAUUAGCUGUUAGUUAAACCAUGGUGCUGAGUAAACAACCAGACAAAGUGAACGGACCGACAACAGUAUGUUGGGAUAGUUCUGUGUGUUUCUUCUCUGGUGUCACACAGAGCUGCCAGCUGGACUGUGGUUCUGGAGAAGAUGACCUUUUCUAAAGUGUGGCAAAAAAAUUUUUUAUCACAAAAAGAAUCUCCCGUCUCACAGGACUGAAUGAAGGUCUGUUUUUUUCCACACACAGACUCCACAUUAUAACCACAGUCAAGGCUCAACUUUGUUCACGCUGAACCAAGCAGCACCAUCUGAAAGGUGCUCAACUGUGUCCAGUUUAAACAGCCUGUCGGCAAAGCAGAACCAGAAGUGUUGGACGGUACACAUCAAAUCAAAUCAAAUCAAAUCAAUCUUUAUUUAUAUGGCGCUUUUCAUACAGAAAACAGUACCUCAAAGUGCCUCACAGAAAUAAACAAACAACAGCAGAAAAAUAGAAACAGCAAAAUAAAAU